AUGGCGGCCGGGGAGCCGGGGCAUUCAGGUGGCUACUACUUCAGGUUCCUGCCUCAGAGACCCUUCCCGUCCCUGAGCGCCCCGGAGACCACCAGCCGGCUCCGCCAGUGGUCCAUGCUGGGCAGGAUGAAGGCGCAGGCGUUCGGGUUCGACCAGACCUUUCAAGCCUACCGGAAGGACGAGUUCGUCAUGAUUUUUUUCCAGAGUGGUUCUGAAAUUCCACAUUUAAGGAUCAUAACUGGAGCAACAGGUUCUACCAUGACUUUAGGAACUGAAGUGAAAAAAAUUGAAGCUAUAAACAUACCGUGCACACAGCUUUCAAUGUCAUUUUUUAAUCGGUUGUAUGAGGAAGAUAUUGUACGAGACAGUGGACAUAUUGUUAAGUGUUUAGAUUCUUUUUGUGAUCCAUUUCUGAUUUCUGAUGAAUUACGAAAAGUUUUGCUAGUGGAAGACUCAGAAAAAUAUGAAAUAUUCAGCCAGCCAGACAGAGAAGAGUUCCUGUUUUGUCUUUUUAAACAUCUUUGCCUUGGUGGAUCCCUUUGUCAGUAUGAAGAUGUGCUUAAACCGUAUCUGGAGACAGCAAAGCUUAUCUAUAAGGACCUGGUGAGUGUUCGAAAACAUCCUCAAACCAAGAAAAUACAAAUUACCUCUUCUGUCUUUAAAGUUACAGCCUACGAUUCUGCUGGUGUGUGCUACCCUUCAACAAAGAACCACGAACAGACAUUUUCUUACUUUGUGGUGGACCCUGUCAAGCGUCAUGUCAACGUUUUAUACCAUUGUUACGGUGUGGGGGACAUGUCUUAA